AUGAACUUAAAGAGGCCUGACCAUAAACUGAACCGUGGACAGAGCCUGAAGCCUCUGGAGCGGGUCAGGAGCGGGUCAGGAGCGGGUCAGGAGGGGGUCAGGAGCGGGUCAGGAGCGGGUCAGGAGCGGGUCAGGAGCAGGUCAGGAGCAGGUCAGGAGCGGGUCAGGAGCAGGUCAGGAGCGGGUCAGGAGCGGGUCAGGAGCAGGUCAGGAGCGGGUCAGGAGCGGGUCAGGAGCGGGUCAGGAGCGGGUCAGGAGGGGGUCAGGAGCAGGUCAGGAGCGGGUCAGGAGGGGGUCAGGAGCGGGUCAGGAGCAGGUCAGGAGCAGGUCAGGAGCGGGUCAGGAGCGGGUCAGGAGCGGGUCAGGAGCAGGUCAGGAGCAGGUCAGGAGCGGGUCAGGAGCGGGUCAGGAGCGGGUCAGGAGCAGGAGAGGUCAGGAGCGGGUCAGGGAGGGGGGGGGUCAGGAGCAGGUCAGGAGCGGGUCAGGAGCGGGUCAGGAGCGGGUCAGGAGCGGGUCAGGAGGGGUCAGGAGCAGGUCAGGAGCAGGUCAGGAGCGGGUCAGGAGCGGGUCAGGAGCAGGUCAGGAGCGGGUCAGGAGGGGGUCAGGAGCGGGUCAGGAGCGGGUCAGGAGCAGGUCAGGAGCGGGUCAGGAGGGGGUCAGGAGCGGGUCAGGAGCAGGUCAGGAGCAGGUCAGGAGCGGGUCAGGAGCGGGUCAGGAGCAGGUCAGGAGCGGGUCAGGAGGGGGUCAGGAGCGGGUCAGGAGCAGGUCAGGAGCGGGUCAGGAGCAGGUCAGGAGCGGGUCAGGAGCGGGUCAGGAGCGGGUCAGGAGGGGGUCAGGAGCAGGUCAGGAGCGGGUCAGGAGCGGGUCAGGAGCGGGUCAGGAACGGGUCAGGAGCGGGUCAGGAGCGGGUCAGAAGCAGGUCAGGAGCGGGUCAGGAGGGGGUCAGGAGCAGGUCAGGAGCGGGUCAAGAACGGGUCAGGAGCAGGUCAGGAACGGGUCAGGAGCAGGUCAGGAGCGGGUCAGGAGGGGAUCAGGAGCAGGUCAGGAGCGGGUCAGGAGCGGGUCAGGAGCAGGUCAGGAGCGGGUCAGGAGCGGGUCAGGAGCGGGUCAGGAGCGGGUCAGGAGCGGGUCAGGAGCGGGUCAGGAGCGGGUCAGGAGCGGGUCAGGAGCAGGUCAGGAGCGGGUCAGGAGCAGGUCAGGAACGGGUCAGGAGCGGGUCAGGAGCGGGUCAGGAGCGGGUCAGGAGCGGGUCAGGAGCAGGUCAGGAGCGGGUCAGGAGCGGGUCAGAAGCGGGUCAGGAGGGGGUCAGGAGCGGGUCAGGAGCGGGUCAGGAGCAGGUCAGGAGCGGGUCAGGAGAGGGUCAGGAGCGGGUCAGGAGCGGGUCAGGAGCAGGUCAGGAGCGGGUCAGGAGGGGGUCAGGAGCGGGUCAGGAGUGGGUCAGGAGCAGGUCAGGAGCGGGUCAGGAGGGGGUCAGGAGCGGGUCAGGAGCAGGUCAGGAGCGGGUCAGGAGCAGGUCAGGAGCGGGUCAGGAGGGGGUCAGGAGCAGGUCAGGAGCGGGUCAGGAGCGGGUCAGGAGGGGGUCAGGAGCGGGUCAGGAGCAGGUCAGGAGCGGGUCAGAAGCGGGUCAGGAGGGGGUCAGGAGCGGGUCAGGAGCGGGUCAGGAGCAGGUCAGGAGCGGGUCAGGAGAGGGUCAGGAGCGGGUCAGGAGCGGGUCAGGAGCAGGUCAGGAGCGGGUCAGGAGGGGGUCAGGAGCGGGUCAGGAGCAGGUCAGGAGCGGGUCAGGAGCAGGUCAGGAGCGGGUCAGGAGCGGGUCAGGAGCGGGUCAGGAGGGGGUCAGGAGCGGGUCAGGAGCGGGUCAGGAGGGGGUCAGGAGCGGGUCAGGAGCGGGUCAGGAGCAGGUCAGGAGCGGGUCAGGAGAGGGUCAGGAGCGGGUCAGAAGCGGGUCAGAAGCGGGUCAUCACCAACGAACAAUCAAUCAUUUACAACUAA